AUGUUCCAGUAUGACUCUACUCAUGCCAAAUUCAACAGCACAGUCAAGGCUGAGAACGGGAAACUUGUCAUCAAUGGGAAGCCCAUCACCAUCUUCCAGGAGCAAGAUUCCCCUAACAUCAAAUGGGGUGAUGCUGGUGCUGAGUAUGUCGCGGAGUCUACUGGAGAAGGCCAGGGCACCCCCCUGGCCAAAGUCGUCCAUGACAAUUUUGGCAUCAUGAAAGGGCUCAUGACCACAGUCCAUGUCAUCACUGCCACUCAGAAGACUGUGGAUGGCCCCUCUGGAAAGCUGUGGUGUGGUGGCCAUGGGGCUGCCCAGAACAUCAUCCCUGCAUUCACUGGUACUGCCAAGGCUGUGGGCAAGGUCAUCCCAGAGAUGAACAGAAAGCUCACUGGCAUGGCCUUCCAUGUUCCUACCUGUUAUGAUCUGACAUGCUGCCUGGAGAAACCUGCCAAGUACGAUGACAUCAAGAAGAUGAUGAAGCAGGCAUCCAAGAGCCCAUUAAAGGGCAUCCUGGGCUACACUGAGGACCAGGUCAUCUCCUGGGACCUCAACAGCAACUCCCACUCUUCCACCUUUGAUGCUGGGACUGGUAUUGCUCUCAAUGGCAACUUUGUAAGCUCAUUUCCUGCUGCUCUAACUCAAGCAGUCACAAAGGAGGCAGUGCUGGACGUGGUGGAGGCUGGAGACCUCUUCUACUGCCCCAACUCUGUUGAUGGUUGCAGAGACAAUUGA